GUCGCCUAGUUGUCGGCGCAACGAGUACACGCCGUGUGCAUAAGUGCAAAGCAUAUUAAAGCUGCAAUUAGUUCUGCAAUGCCUCAGCCGGUAACUUCUGCCGACGGCGGCGCCAACGGCCCGCCGGGUCCGCCCGGAGGCAUGGCACACGUCCCCAAGGCGGGUCCCGUCCUACCUUGGAUGCGCGUGCCAAUCACCAUUGAGGCAGGAAGCGGCGUUCCUAUAGGCGACGUGCUUGGUUUAGACCCACGUUUAGCAACAGAGCUUUCACAAGGCUCGGGCUUCCGUGAGUUGUUCCCGGUGCAGGCGGCCGUGUGGCAGCACUGCGGCGGCGGCCGCUCCUCCGCACACGACCUCUGCGUGGCUGCCCCCACGGGGAGCGGCAAGACGCUGGCGUACGCGCUACCCGUCAUCAAUGCCCUCUGCAGUGCCACGGCGCGGCGGGGCGGCUGCGGAGCGGGGCGGCUGCAGGCGCUGGUGGUGCUGCCAACACGAGACCUAGCCGCGCAGGUGUACGACGUAUUCCGCCCUCUAUGCGAUGCCGUACAGCUGCGUGUCGCGCUGGCCGCGGCCCGUUCCUCCGAGGCAGCUGAGGCGGCGCAGCUCGUGGGGGCGCCCCUUGCGCCGGGUGCAGCUGCGGCAGCGGCAGCUACUGCUGCUGCUGCUGCUGGCGGCGGUGCUAGCGGUGGUGGCAAUGGCGGCAGCAGCAGCUGCAGCAGUGGUAGCGGCAAGGGGGGUGCGGAUGUGGUUGUUGCCACUCCGGGUCGGCUGAUGGCGCAUCUGAGCGGCACUCCGGGCUUCACGCUGCGGCACCUGCGGUUCCUGGUGGUUGACGAGACGGACCGGCUGCUGCGUCAGAGCUACCAGGAGUGGCUGCCGAGGGUGCUGGCGCAGCUGCCUUCGGCGCCCUCGCAACAGCAGCAGCAGCAGCAACCACCACGCGGCGUCGGACCCAUGGGUCACUAUGCCGACCAUGGCGAUGGUGACGGGGAUAACCAAGUCCACUUCGCCGCACGCUGGCCGGCGGCGUCGGUUGGUACGGCACUACCGUUUGCGGUUCCAAGGGUGGUCAAGAUCAUCGUCUCCGCCACCCUCACCCGCGACCCCGCCAAGCUGCAGCGCCUAGCCCUGCACCAGCCGCGCUACGUGGCCACGGUAGCGGCCUCCCCCGCCUCCCUCGCUGCCGUCGCCUCCCUGGAACCCACCGCCACCGGCGGAGCUGCUGCCGAAGCCGCAACCAAGCCAGCAACCGCCGCAGCUGCUGCUGCUGCUGCUGCGCGGUACUCGCUGCCUCGCAGCCUAAGUGAGUUCCGGCUGCUGUGCUCCGCCGCUCGCAAGCCGCUGGUGCUGCUGGCGUUGCUGAGCGAGGCGGCGGCGGAGGCGCAGAGCUGCAUCGUGUUUACUUCCUCGUUGGACAUGACGCACAAGCUGUACCUGAUGUUGCGCGCGGUUCCGGAGCUGUCGGCGACGGUGGUUGAGUACUCGAGUCACGUGGCCGUGCGGGAGCGAACCGCGGGGCUGGAGAGGUUCAAGCAGGGCGGUGCUCGGGUGCUCGUCGCGUCUGACGCCAUGACGCGCGGCAUGGACCUGGACUGCGUGCAACUGGUGAUCAACUACGAUGCGCCCGUGUACGCCAAGACCUACGUGCACAGGGCCGGCCGCACCGCCCGCGCCGGCAAGCCCGGCCGUGUGAUCACGCUACUGCGCGACGAGGACAUGCGCCACUUCAAGGCCAUGAUCCGCAAGGCCGACAACAACUAUGUGCGCGAGCUGAAGCUGGUUCCGGAGCGCGUGGAGUCGUUCCGGCCGGCGUUGUCGGGUGCGCUGCAGCAGCUGGAGGCGCUGCUGGCGGCGGAGAGGAGCGCGGAUGUGCAGUUGCAGCAGCAGCAGCAGCAGCUGGCGAAUGGGGCGCAGAAGGGGACACAGCAGCAGAAGGAGAAGAAGGGGAAGGAAGGGAGGCAAGAGGCGCAGAAGUUGGAGAAGGGGAAGGUGGAGAAGGAGGAGGGGCAGCGAAGGCAGAAGCAGGAGGUUGUGGGAAGGGAGGAGGAGCAGAAGAAGAAGAGGCGGCGAGCGGAGCAACGGGAUAUGGAGGAGGAGGAGGAGCAGCGACAGAAGUCGGCCGCAGGGGACGAGUCUGCUGAUCAAGCGCAGGCGAAGGGCGAGGCGGGUGGUGGUGAUACGGAGGCGCGGGGGCAACGGGAGGGUGAUGGUGGGCUGAGCGAGCGAGCCGAUGCUGGAGGCGAUAGCAGCAAGCAGCGUCACAAAGGAGAGAAGCAACCGGAAGGGAAUGAAGAGAAGGGGCAGCAGCAGAAGCUAGGCGGGCAACACCAGCAGGGAAAAGGGCGUGCGGUGGAGGAAGGGGAAGAAGGGCGACGGGAAGCAGGAGAGGCGUCCGGGAGAAAGAGGAAGAAGUCAAGUGGAGGUGACUAAGGGGAUUAUGGUGCAUGCUGGAUGGGCUUCUGGCACCGUGAUCCGACUUGAUGGCGUGUAGCUAAUAACGUAAACUGUUGCGGGAUGUAUGGACCCCCACAUGACCCAGAC